UAAUGCAAAGGAAGGACAAAUCAUUGCAGGUGGAAAUGGUAGAGGAAAUCGAACGGAUCAGUUGAAUUAUCCAACAGAUGUAAUUAUUAAUCAACAAACUCAUUCGAUCAUCAUUGCUGAUUUUGGGAACAGAAGAGUGAUUCAAUGGUUAAAUCAAAAUCAACAAAUUCUCAUUGACAAUAUUGACUGUUACGGCUUGACAAUGGAUAAACAUGGAUUUCUUUAUGUUUCUGAUUACAAGAAGAAUGAAGUGAAACGAUGGAAAAUGGGAGAAUAUAACAACGAAGGAAUUAUAGUGGCAGGUGGAAAUGGCAAAGGAAAUGAACUCAGUCAAUUCAAUUCUCCUAGUUUUCUUUUUGUUGAUAAAGACCAAUCUGUUUAUGUAUCAGAUUUUAGCAAUCACCGUGUGAUGAAAUGGAGAAAAGGUGCAAAAGAGGGAAGAAUUGUGGCUGGAGGAAAUGGGAAAGGAGAAAAUCUCAAUCAAUUGUCUAAUCUUGGAGGAGUAGUUAUUGAUAGUUUGGGUCAAAUCUAUGUGGCAGAUUCUGCAAAUGAUCGAAUAAUGCGUUGGUGUGAAGGAAAAGGUGAAGGUGAAGUUGUUGUUUGUGGAACUGAAAAAGAAAAUCAAUCAAACCAAUUGAAUGGUUUUUGUAGUUUAUCUUUUGAUGAUGAAGGAAAUCUUUAUGUUGGUUAUUUUCGGAAUGCUCGAAUUGUAAAAUUUGAAGCCGUUGUGUGA